GUAGUUUGGUCUAGCGGUUAUACUGAAAGUAAAGUAAAAGUUACAACACACACCAUUUUAGAGGGCGCACAGUUCGAUACUCCUGUUCCAAUUGUUUCCAAAGAUUGGGAGGUUGAAAACAUGAACACGGGGCCUAGUUCACAUCGCUACGACAGAUGAUUUAUGUGAUCAGGUUUUCUGAGUGAGAUCUGUCUGAGCAGUCCAGAGUCUAAAUCAGACAUCAGACUGGAUGGAGCCUGAUGAAGACCCUGGAGUCCUGAGUAGGAGAGCCAAGCGGGAGAUAAUGGAGUCUCCUGCUCCCAGCUGUCUCUCUAUGAAUAGUGCCAGGUCAAUGGAGCAACCCUUUGACUUUAAAAGAGAACCCUUGACCCCUGAUCUGAGUGCCAGUCUGCUGACUGAGGAUCUGUUCAGAUGCUCUGUGUGUUCAGAGGUGCUGAGGGACCCGGUCUCCAUUCCCUGUGGACACAGUUACUGCAGGCAGUGCAUCAGCACAUACUGGGUCCAGCCCGGCCCUGCAGGAGACUAUGUGUGUCUCCAGUGCAGUAAGAGAUCCAGAGUCCGGCCUGUGCUCUGCACUAACCCAGCCUUGGCCAGGUUGCUCCAGCAGGCAGGCUUCAGUCCUGCCCUCCCUGCUCUGGGCUAUGCUGGUCCUGGGGACGUGGCCUGUGAUAUCUGCUCUGGACAGAAGCUCAGAGCGGUGAAGUCCUGUCUGACCUGCACUGUCUCCUACUGUGAGAGCCACGUCAGACAGCACUACACUGUCCCAGCACUGCAGAGACACGCCCUGGCUGAGGUCACUGGAGACGGGGGACACAAAGGUCACCAAGGCAAUGCUGGACAGACAGAGAGGAUCAAAGAGGAGGAGACUAUGGAGACUGAGGAGGAGGAGAGAGAGAGUGUCUCUAAAAAGAUGACGGAAGUUAAAGAGGAGGAAGAAGAUUCUGAUGAGGGACUCUCUGAUCUGAAGAAGAACCCUAAAACUAAAACUCUUAUCUCUGAAGUGAAGAACAUCUCUAAGUUCUACUCAGACUUGAAGCAGGAGAACUCUGAGCUUAAACAUGUUGUUCGUGAACUCAGUCAAAAGAAUGCUGUGUUAAAACAAGAGGCAACAUUUGAGAAAGAACUGGUGGACAUCAGAACUGCUGCUCUGAAUAAGAUCACAGCUAAUCUCAUCUCAGACCCACAGCAACAGAGAGAGGCUGAGUAUGUGAGAAGAAACCUGAAGAAUAUGACCAUGGACUAUGUGGAUGUGACUCUAGAUCCUGAUACAGCACAUCCCCAACUAAUCCUGUCUGAAGACAGGAAACAAGUUAUAUUUGGAGAUGUAUGGCAGGAUCUCCCUGACAACCCAGAGAGGUUUGAUAUCUCUGUCUGUGUCCUGGGAAAGGAGGGCUUCUCCUCAGGGAGAUUCUACUAUGAGGUGCAGGUGAAGGGGAAGACUGGCUGGUCUUUAGGAGUGGCCACGAAGUCCAUCAACAUGAAGGGGACGAUUUACCUGAAUCCUGAGGAUGGAUACUGGACUGUGAUGCUGAGGAAUGGACAGUACUGGGCUGGCGCUGUUCCCACUGUCCCCAUCUUCCUUAGAGAGGAGCUCCAGAAGGUGGGGGUGUUUGUGGAUUAUAAGGAGGGUCAGGUCUCCUUCUACAACGUGGAGGCCAGGUCUCAUAUCCACUCAUACACUGGCUAUACCUUCACUGAGAAACUCUAUCCAUUCUUCAGCCCUGGUAAUAAUUACAGUGGUAAAAACUCAACCCCACUGGUCAUCACUCCUGUAGAUGUCACUGACUGACUGGUUUAUACCAAACAUUGAAAUACUGUUAACUGCUAAUGUAAUAGCGACCAGGUAAUGUAAUAAUUAAUUGUAAUGUAAUACAUAUUACAUAAAUCAGCAGAUAAUGUAUUAACAUUUUACAUUUAUAAUGCAAUAACUUUUCCUGAUAAUGUAAUCAUUCAAUUGCAGUUAUUAAUGCAGAACUAAGUUAUUUUGUGGAUAAGGUUAUCAUUUCAUGUGUUAACAUAGUAAAUCACAGUCUCAUAAUGUAAUCCAAUAAGACCUACCUGUCCAUCUAUCUGUGUGGACCAUAUCAUCUUAGUGGACGAGAUCCACAUUCUUCUUCCUGAUGUAACAUGACAUUGGGAAGAAUGAAAACAGUUCACUAACUACCACAGGAAGCCCAGGUCUGUAUGCACUGUCAUAUGUUCAGUAAACCCCUGGAAUGACAUUAUUACAUGACUUACUAUAAUAAUUAAAUACUCUCCUGCAUGAUUAUGUAUCUUACUAUAUUUUAGUUGAAUACUUUUUAUGCUGUUGAACUAGAAGGAGAGCUUGCAAGAAACCCUUUCAUCGCCCUGUGUACUACGCUGUAUCCUGUGAAUAUGACAGUAAACUCUGAUUUGAAAUGAGCAGUCAGUUCAGCAUCAGUCAUGUAGGUAACUGGCAAAAUGAAAGAAUCAGCAACAUAAAGAGAUGUAAUAGGGCCUUGUGCCACGAGCCAGAACAGCUUCAAUGUGUCUUGGCAUGGAUUCUACAAGUGUCUGGAACUCUAUUGGAGGGAUGCAACAUCAUUCUUCCACAAGAAAUUCCAUCAUUUUAUGUUUUAUUGAUGGUGAUGAAAAACGCUGUCUCAGGUGCCGCUCCAGAAUCUCCCAUAAGUGUUCAGUUGUGUUGAGAUCUGGUGACUGAGAAAGCCAUGGCACAUGGUUUACAUCGUUUUCAUGCUCACCAAACCAUUCAGUGACCAAACCAUUCAGUGACCAAACCAUUCAGUGACCAAACCAUUCAGUGACCAAACCAUUCACUGACCACUCGUGCUCUGUGGAUGGGGGCAUUGUCAUCCUCUGGGUCAUAGCGAUGGUAGCCAAAAUGAUGUCCUGCCCAGCAUUUUUAUACAUGACCCUCCCUAAGCAUGAUGGGCUGUUAAUUGCUUAAUUAACUCAGGAACCUCACCUGUGUGGAAGCACCUGCUUUCAAUAUUCUUUGUAUCCCACAUUUACUCAAGUGUUUCCAUUAUUUUGGCAGUUACCUGCAGUGCUUGACUUGGGCAGGAGUUCACCUGAGCUGAGCACCGGCACCUGUUCUACUUGAGCUCCUGUACCUCUUAUAGAAUAUUAGCUCCAAAGUAUUGUGGAGUUCCUGCACCUAAAUAUAAACAGUACCGGCACCAAAAAUGAGUACCGACACCUAUUUCAGUCCAAGUCGAGCACUAGUUAGUUACCUGUAGUUUUCAGACAAUCGACCAUCAGCAGUAGUGAAGGAAGGUUUUCUAUGUCAACGCCACAAGAUGGCGGUGUUUCCCUACAGUCCAUUAAGUGCAAUAAUGUGCUUACUGCUCACCGGAGCAACAUUGUAGUAAUGUUGUUAUAAAGCUUUGAGAAUACAGAUGAGGAUAACAUAUCACAUCCUCAAGUCAACCUUCAAUUAAAACCCUUAUUGGAAGAGUGUUUUUCAAGCAAGAUUUAAGAGAUUGCCAUUUGGUUUCUGCACACACACACACCUAGAACCAGUUGGGUUCAUGCUGGGCUUAGCAGGGUGGGCUGUUAGCAUCAUUGAUUAGCCACCUAGAGUUUUCUUAUCUUAGAAUCAUCACAUCGCAUCGAUCUCCAGCCUCCCGAGAGAGAUCAGACUUCACUCAGAUAGACACUGUUAAUGUAACUGAGGAACUGCUGGGUAGAGGUGGAUGGAAUCUGAGGGGAGGGUUACCUACUCAACCACCACAUUCAUAGUGUGCUGUCUAAAGGAGGAUGUAUUAUAUUGGAGAGAGAGGUCUGGUUUUGAUGUUGAUAUUUACACUUGUAAACUGAAUAUGCCUUUCCUAAUAAAGUUGUUUUGAAUUUAA